AUGGCCUGGACUCCUCUCCUCCUCGUGCUCCUCUCCCACUGCACAGGUUCCCUGUCCCAGCCUGUGCUGACUCAGCCGCCCUCCGUCUCUGCAUCUCUUGGAUCCACAGCCAGACUCACCUGCACCCUCAGCAGUGGCUUCAGUCACAGCACCUUCAUUAUUACAUGGUAUCGGCAGCAGCCCAGGAAGGUCCCUCAGUAUGUGAUGGAGCUUAAGAGUGAUGGAAGCCACAGCAAGGGGGCCGGGAUCCCCGACCGCUUCUCGGGCUCCAGCUCUGGGGCUGACCGCUACUUAACCAUCUCCAACCUCCAGCCUGAGGACGAGGCGGAGUAUAUCUGUGGAGCGCAUCAUUACAGUGGAGUGCCAUUUGGGUAA